UGUUUCAUUGCAGAUCAAAAACUGUAAGAAGAAAAAUGUCGAGGAAUGUAGGGUUCUUCAUCUGCUUCUUGAUCCUAGCCAUGGAUGUUUCAGCUGGCAUUCUCGGCAUUGAAGCCGAAGUAGCUCAGAAUAAGGUGAAGCAUUUGAAGAUGUGGAUAUUCGAGUGUAGAGACCCAAGUCACACAGCCUUCAAGUACGGUUUAGCUGCAUGUAUCCUUUUAGUGUUAGCCCAUGUAACGGCUAAUUUUCUUGGUGGGUGCCUCUGUGUUGUCUCAAGACAAGACCUUGAAAAAUCCUCUGCCAACAGACAGCUAGCUGUGGCCUCACUGAUAUUCUCCUGGAUCAUACUGGCAAUUGCAUUCUCCAUGUUGAUCGUAGGGACAAUGGCAAACUCAAGAUCGAGGAGAGGCUGUGGGAUUUCACAUCAUCGGGUUCUGUCCAUAGGAGGAAUCCUCUGUUUCAUUCACGGCCUUUUCGCUGUUGCUUACUACAUCUCUGCAACUGCUUCAACACGAGAACAGACACACACAGGCCAUGCUUGAAUAAACAUUUU